AUGGCGGCCGCCGCGGGGCUUGCGCGCGUUGAGCGCCUGCUCGGGAAGGGGGCCGCGCUCGAGAGGACGGCCUUCGUAAUUGAGAUGAAGCUGGCCUUCAUGAAGUCGCAAGGGAGCGCCAGGGCGGAUGGGGAGGGCGGGGCGAUCGCCGCGGGGCGCUCUGGCCGCUCCCUCGGGGAAGCGGUCGAGGAGGAGCGGCCCUGGCUGUCGCAGCCAGGGGCGGUCGCCAAGAGCGAGCGGGUCACACUUUACACAGGCGAGAGGGGUGCGCAGACAGAGCGCGCGCGAACGUGCGGCGCGCAGGCACCCAGCGGCCUGCGCCUGCACCUGGAGCCCUCCAGAGAGGCGCCCUGCCCCCUGCGGGUCUUGGCCGUCAUCGACCCGCUCGGCCAGGAGGCACAGCGGCUUCCGCCGGUGCUGCGGCUGCUCCACGAGGAGCUCAACGCUGAGGUGCGGGUGCUCCUGCGGCCGGUGCCGAUGGUCAGCCAGCCGUUGGUCGCCUACUACCGCGCGGCGCCGGCCAGCCCCGCCCCGCCCGGCGGCUUGCGGGCGCUAGGCGACUGGGACGGCAGCGCCGCGACGGCGCGUUUUUCCUUGCCGCCCAGGAAGGGGUUGCUGCUGAGCAUGCAGCUGGAUACCCCAGAGGCCUGGCUCGUGUCGGCCGUGGACUCGGGGGGGCAGGACCUGGACUCGCUGUCUGGGGAGGAGUCCGGCUCCACGCACGUGCGCUACAAGCUGGAGGCCCUCUUCAUCGAGGGCUGGGCCCGCAUGGCGGGCCAGCGCGCGGUGACGCCGGCCAUGGGCGGAAUUCCUGAGGUGCUGCAUGCAGAGGGCUGGGUAGGCAAGGUGAGCAGCGACGCGAAUCUCUUCGUGAAGCCGCUGCCUCCAGACCACGCCCGAGGCCGCGUCAUGAGCCUCCUCCGCCCCGAGGUGAUGUGCCGCGGCACCUUGGUGGUCCAGGCGGACCGCGCCCGAGUAGUCGUCGAUGCUAUCGGCGGCCGAUCCUGCGUUCAGUUUGAGGACAUGAACGCGCUCGAGCUGCAGCGUCCCUACAGGAAACACAUGCAGCGGCUCGACGAGCUGGAACGCGUCAUCCGGUCUCUGCGCGAGGAUUCGGGCCGGCUGGAGGCUUGA